GGGUGAUCCUCGAAGUGAGACCGCGGAUUAUGCAUGCUUGAUGACCUUUCAAGGCUAGCACACAAGCUACAGCUAGCUAGCAGCUCACAGCAAGACUAUAGACCAGGAGAAAAUAAAGAACAUCAGUAUAAUCAUAGCAUGGGUAAUCGUCAAUCAGAGGAGCAGCCUGCUCAAGAAGAUGACAGCUCCAGCCCUCGUCUCUACCAGCUGGCCCAGCUAGGCCCUGACCAACUACCAAUCAUCUACUCCCCUGACUACAACAUCAGCUUCUGGGGACUUCAGAACAUACAUCCAUUCGAUAGUGGGAAAUGGGGCAAGGUCUACAACUAUCUGAUUGAGGGCGGUAUGAUAAAGGACGGGUCUUCAAUCGUGACCCCUCACGAAGUCAACGAGUCUGAGCUAUUGGUAGUGCACACUGACAAGUAUCUCAAGAGCCUCACUUCCAGUACCAACGUCGCCAUGGUAGUGGAGGUCCCACCAGUCGCCAUUCUUCCAAACUCUAUAGUACAGAACCGUCUACUGCGACCGUUUAGAAUGGCCACCGGAGGAACGAUAAUGGCGGGUAAACUGGCCAUGGAGAGAGGAUGGGCCAUCAAUAUUGGGGGCGGGUUCCACCAUUGCUCCAGCACUGAGGGGGGUGGUUUCUGUGCCUACGCUGACAUCACUCUCUCCAUCAAGUUUAUGUUCAACCAUAUGGAGAACGUAGCCAAGGUGAUGAUCAUAGACCUGGACGCUCACCAAGGCAACGGACACGAGAGAGACUUUCUUGGCGAUGAGCGAGUGUACAUUCUGGACAUGUAUAACAAGUGGAUCUAUCCUAACGACAGAUACGCCAAAGAUGGUAUUUCUUCUAUGAUUGAAUUGGACGUACACACAAGAGACGAAGAAUAUCUUGACCUCCUGAACAGGGGUUUCCCCAAAUCACUGGACACGUUUCAACCGGACAUUGUGGUGUACAACGCGGGCACAGAUGUUCUGAUAGGGGACAGCCUCGGGCGACUAGACAUCACCCCUGAGGGAGUUAUACAGAGAGAUCAGAUUGUCUUUGAAGAGGUCCAGAAAAGAAAUAUCCCCAUCUUCAUGGUAACCGCCGGAGGCUAUCAGAAAAAUAAUGCUCGUGUGAUUGCCGACUCCAUUCUCAAUCUGAGUGAGAAAAAACUGAUCUCGAAUCCGAAAAAAGACACCCAUGUGACCUCUGAACUUCGAACCCAGGGUGCGCCACUGGAGUCCAAUGUAGACGUCACAAUAGAAGACUCUGUUGGUAUUGAACCAUCUGGCAGUAUGGAGCAAUCAGUCAGAGAGGGCAGUGUUGAUGAACCUAACCUAGAUACUGUACACGAAGCAAGCUCUGGCGGCAAUACAAUGGAUCAUCCACCUCAAGAAAUAAAAGCUGUGUCUGGCAAGGAGGAGGCAACAAAGGAAACAGCAGCUGUCUCUAGCGAGGAGGAGGCAACAAAGAAAACAACAGCUUACUCCAGCAUGGAGGAGGUAACAAAGGAAACAACAGCUUACCCCAGCAUGGAGGAGGCAACAAAGGAAACAACAGAUGUCUCUAGCGAGGAGGAGGCAACAAAGGAAACAGCAGUUAUCUCUAGCGAGGAGGAGGCAACAAAGGAAACAGCAGCUGACCCAAGCAAGGAGGAGGCAACAAACGAAGCAACAGCUGACCCCAGCGAGGAGGAGGCAGCAACAGCUGACCCCAGCGAGGAGGAGGCAACAACAGCUGACCCCAGCGAGGAGGAGGCAACAACAGCUGACCCACUAAAAGAAGAAAAGAAAGCACAAGAAAAUGAGACAAUUUUGCCCCAAGAGACUGAACUAAUGGAGCAUGAUACUUUAUAGUCUUUAUAGCUUAACUAUUUGAUUCAUAUUUUGUAUAAACUUUGCCUUGUGAAGGUUUCAAACAUG